ACAAAAGUUUUAUACAUUCAAUGGUGCUCACGUUUUCACGGCUACAAUGUUUUUGCCGAGCUUCGUUCUUCCGAAUUGGCUCUAUACCCAAGGCGAACUCUCUGUGGAACCAAAAUAUUUGCUCGUGUAAAAAAUUUUGAGUCGGCCGAUUUCUUCCUGAACCGUAACAUAAAUACGUUUAAAUCAAAUCGAUCGAAAAUUUGAUGAGUGCAAAAAUGGCCUACUUUCCCAGUCUAAACCCUUCAGCAUCAUUGAAUUUCAUCAAAACCAGAAGCCCGCGGUUGUUCGUGAAAUCCUAUCUUGCACCCACGAUGAACGCUGAAAAGAUCUUAAGAAAUGGCAGACUCCAACGUAACCCUUUUGUCUUGCAAUGCACAAAAUUCAGCGCGCUCGCCUCAGCGUCAGAAACAGAGAGCGACUAUGAAACGGAGGAAGUUGAAGAAUACUCGGACGAGGAAGAAGGGCCGCCGCCAAAUGGGCAGACGCCGUCACCGGUGAAACGGCGGCGGCGCCGUUACAGGAAGCAGUACCCGGGUGAGGUAAAUGGUAUUACGGAGGAGAUGAGGUUCGUGGCCAUGAAACUCAGAAACAACGGGAAACCGAAGAGUCGAAGAGCUUCUUCUGUUGGUAGUAAGAGGGAUGGAGAAGACCUAGAAAUUGAGAGUGAGAAAGGGGGAAACAAUGGUGAGGCGUGGCAGCCGAGCAUUGAGGGCUUUAUGAAAUAUUUGGUGGACACCAAGCUGGUUUUCACCACAGUUGAGCGCAUUGUUGAUGAGUCUACUGAUGUUUCUUAUGUUUACUUUAGAAGGACUGGUUUGGAAAGGGCAGAUCGUAUUUCAAGGGAUUUAGAAUGGUUAAGGGAGCAAGGUAAUGAGAUACCAGAACCUAGCAAUCCAGGAGCGACCUACGUGCAACAUCUGGAGGAACUCGCGGAGAAGAGUCCGCCAUUGUUCCUCUGCCACUUUUACAACAUCUAUUUCUCACACAUAGCUGGGGGGCAAGUGAUAUCUAGAAAGGUCUCGGACAUGCUCUUUGGGGGGAGAGAACUGGAGAUCUAUAAAUGGGAUGGAGAUGCAGAAGAGUUGUUGAGAGGUGUUCGUGAGAAGCUUAAUGCACUUGGAGAGCAUUGGUCAAGGGACGAGAAAAACAGGUGCCUAAGAGAAACGACCAAAGCAUUUCGGUUCCUGGGCCAGAUAGUACGACUGAUCAUACUUUAAACCAAUACCUAUUGCAUUCUCCAAAUGAUGAAGGUGUGUUGGAUCGGUGAAACUCGGCCCACACUAUCCAUAGCUGCAAAUAUAUUCGUGUGGGAGAGUGGAGUCCAAAAUGCUGCUAUGCGCAAGGAGAUACUUGAUCACAUAAUGCCUCACCGCAGAUUUCUACUAUGUUAUUUUCUACUUAGGUUUUAUGAUUAAAGCAAAGCGUUUCAACUACUCUGUUAUUUCAUAUCUUUUGGUGAUAUAAGGUGACUUGAGAUUGAUCCUAACUCAGCUUUGUACUCAAUCUUAGACAACUAUAGAUUUUCACUGACUCUUAUGGAUAUUUUGCAUCAUUAACAUUACACUAUUUUAAUUUGUACUUAAUUAUUUUUAUGUUAAUGAUGAUGACGUCAAAUUGCAGAAA